GGUCACAUGAUAUGACCAUGGCAGCGGCAGCAGCAGCAGCAUCCCUGCUUAUCUGAAACAUCUAGUGGAAGAGAGAAAAAAAGAGAGAAGGAGAAAGUGAGAAAGAAAAGCAGAACCUCUGAGGCAGCCACACUGCACCGGUGUCAGGAGAGAAAAGUGUGUGUGGUAGGGGAAGCCACUGCUCGGAAGCAUAUUCAGAGACAAAGAAAGAUUCAUGUUCAAAGGGUCAGCAGACAACAAGAUUGAGGCAGCUAUGUCUGAGUUGGUGCCGGAGCCCCGGCAAAAACCAGCAGUGCCAAUGAAACCUGUUGGCAUUAACUCUAACCUGCUGGGCUACAUUGGGAUCGACACCAUCAUUGAGCAGAUGCGCAAGAAGACCAUGAAGACGGGCUUUGACUUCAACAUCAUGGUUGUAGGUCAAAGCGGGCUGGGGAAAUCAACACUGGUGAACACUCUCUUCAAAUCCCAAGUUAGCCGCAAGUCUUCAGGCUGGAACCGUGAGGAGAAGAUCCCUAAGACAGUGGAGAUCAAGGCCAUUGGGCAUGUCAUUGAAGAAGGCGGUGUCAAGAUGAAACUGACGGUAAUUGACACCCCAGGGUUUGGUGACCAGAUCAACAAUGAGAAUUGCUGGGAGCCCAUCGAGAAAUACAUCAAUGAGCAAUAUGAAAAAUUCCUGAAAGAGGAAGUGAAUAUUGCAAGGAAGAAACGAAUCCCAGACACGAGAGUCCACUGCUGCCUCUACUUCAUCUCCCCCACGGGUCACUCCUUGCGACCCCUGGAUCUAGAGUUCAUGAAACAUCUCAGCAAAGUAGUAAACAUCAUCCCUGUUAUCGCUAAGGCAGACACCAUGACCCUGGAAGAGAAGACUGAGUUCAAACAAAGGGUGCGCAAAGAACUGGAGGUGAAUGGGAUCGAGUUUUACCCCCAGAAAGAGUUUGAUGAGGACCUGGAGGAUAAAACAGAGAAUGACAAAAUCAGGCAGGAAAGCAUGCCGUUUGCAGUGGUGGGCAGCGACAAGGAAUACCAAGUAAAUGGCAAAAGAAUCCUGGGCAGGAAAACUCCCUGGGGCGUCAUUGAAGUGGAAAACCUCAAUCACUGUGAAUUUGCCCUACUUCGAGACUUUGUCAUCAGGACCCACCUCCAAGACCUAAAAGAAGUGACGCACAACAUCCACUAUGAGACCUACAGGGCCAAGCGGCUGAAUGACAAUGGUGGGCUCCCCCCAGUUACCACCGAGACAGAGGAGAACCACGAAAGUAAUCUGUGAAUCACUCCUCCCACUGUCUCGAUAUUACAACCUGUCCCAGCUACCCUUGACUUUACUGUAGGCCUGUCUCCAAAGCAUGCGGCACAUCCUCUGUGUGUGUGUAUGUAUGGGAGAAGGAGCAGGGGCAUACCUUUCUCCUUCCUAGAAUGUCGUCAAUCUUGUUUUUUUGCACAGCAGGCUGUUUGUUGUCUUCCCCUCUCUCGUGUUCUGUGGUUCAGUUGCAUGUCUUGGUUGUGGGAAGUAGUGGAGGGAAUGCUGGGAGAUUUGAUUUCUAGGGUUUGGGGUGUUUGGGGAGGAUGACUUGGUUCUGUGUUUGCACAUUUGAAAAGCAUAGAAAGACUCCAAGGACAGACAGAUUGAUCAAUGAGCACAAUGCCUUCUGAAUGGCGGUGGCAUCGGAGAGUGGAGUUCCCUGGUGUGGAUGGGGAAGAUAGGCGGUUGAUUAGGGGGAGUGAUAGGUGGCUAUGGCAUAUCCCCUUUUCUCACUGAGGCCUGUUAAGAAAGGGAAGUGGCGGGGAGUUAGUGGUAAUUUGUGGCUGGGAGGAGAGCAUAUUAUCAUAUUUUCCAGCCCAUGUUCUAACUGGAAGAUGGGUGGUGGUGGGAAGUGAGCACAAAUUAGAUCUUGGACUUUAGGGUUUCCUUGUAAGAUCUAGAAGCUCUUGUUUUACCUUCCCAUCACAGGUGUCUGGGAGGGGAAAGACGACGAAAAAUCAGGAACACUAAUUGAGGGACAAAUCCUGAGGUCUUCACUCACGGCUAUGGUGACCAGACAGCAAGUGUGAAAAAUCGGGACAGAGGGUGUGGUGUAAUAGGAACCUAUAUAAGAAAAAGACCCCAAAAUCAGGACUGUCCUUAUAAAAUCAGGACAUCUGGUCACCCUACUCAGGGCCAAAUAGUCGCAUUUAACCACUGCCCUGGAAUUGGCAGGGUGUCUCCCUGCCCCAGCAGGCAGGGGGCCUGGGUAGGCUGCCCCAUCUUCUAGGAUACUUCAGCUUGCUGCCCCCAAUGUGCUCAGCCCACUUUGCAAGCCAGUGCAAAGGGUGAGGAGAACAGGCCCAGGCAUAGCUCUAUUGCUUCCCUUCCUGUGGGGCAACAUACACCUGCUGUGACACAGCAGAGGGGCAGGCCCUGCACUCUCCUGCAAUUGUGAAUGCCCCUUGCAUGACACACAGGGUAGGCUCCUUGUGUAGUCACCCAUGCAAGGGCCACCUAUAAUCUGGCCCCCAGAAGUUUACUCAGGCAGAACUCUCAACGAAGCAAAUGGGCCAAGCCCUGAGUCCUCACUCAGUUUUUACCCAGUAUUUACUUGGACAAACUUGUCUCUGAAACCAUGGGAGAUGUGCCUAAGUAAAAAAAUGAAUGAGGGCCUUGGAAUGAGCCCUAGAGUUAAUCACUUGAAACUAUGCCAAUACCAGUAAGCAUGGGUUGCACGUACUAAUGUGAACAUGAGACCAUCCCUUCUUCUUUCCCUAGCACAAAGAGUUGGGUUCACUGGAACUAGCUCAUGGACAAACUGGGCAGAAUUUUGGCUGGCCUGCUGGGCUCGGGUCAAGUGAUCCCCUCUACACUCACCAGUUCUUGGCACACUCUCAUUAGUCAGUUAUUGAGGACAUCAGAGGAUGCGUAGAGGGGGAGAAAUAUGUGCUAAGGGAGGGUCAAUGAGAAGGGAAAAGAGACGCUGGCAGCAGAAAGGAAAUCAUCUUUCCCAGGACUGGAGUGAGUUUCCAUACAAGAAUACCUCCUAAUUCUGUUGGGAAACAUCAUGGGAUCCCUUUAUCUGCUGUAUAGGAUUCUGCUUUCAGGGAAGGAGGAGAGAAAAAUACACAUGACCCUUGCCCCCCUGGCCAGGGCCACCCACUUUUGACAUAGUGCUUGAUACCAGUCCUUGAGCAAGUGAGAACUGUGGAUACCUUAUGAGGUUCCUUGCAGAUUUUCCACACUGGGAACUUUUCCACUGGCUUACCCUGGGGCCCAGAACUUCUACUGUGCUUUUAGAUCCUUUGGGAUGAAAUGUGGGCAUUAUAGAGAUGUAAAGUUCAUAUCUUAUUUAAUUGCUUUAUGAAGAAAUGCUUUUUAAUCCCCUGGAUUUCUUGCACUAAGGAUCCCUUUCCCUUCCUAGUCACAGCUAUAUCAUUCGCCAGCUGUUAAACAAAUGUGGUCAGCUUCUGCACAACUUCCAGAUGCGAAUCGCGACUGUUUUAUCAGUUUCCCCCUCUGAUCUUCCAGGAGACAGCCCAGUAUUUGAUUAAGGGACCUGUCUCUCUCUCAGCACUGAGCCUGAGCCCUAGAUUAGGGGUAGAUGUAGUCACUGAAUGGUUAUAUCAGUUUUCUUAACACUAAGGCCGCUAUUUUGUAUUUUACCUGUGGAGAACAGCAUUACAUAAGAAUGGCCCUAUGACAGACAAAUGGUCCAUCUAGCCCAGUAUCCUGUCUUCUGACAGUGGCCACUGCCAGGUGCCCCAGAGGGAAUGAACAGUGACCCACCCCGUCGCUCAUUCCCAGCUUCUGGCAAACAGGCUAGGGACACCAUUCCUGCCCAUCCUGGCUAAUAGCUAUUGAUGGAGCUAUCCUCCAAUAAUUUAUCUAGUUCUUUUUUGAAUCCUGUUAUGGUCUUGGACAUCACAACAUCCUCUGGCAAGGAGUUCCACUGGUUGACUGUGUGUUGUGUGAAGAAAUACUUCCUUUUAUUUGUUUUAAAUCUGCUGCCUAUUAAUUUCAUUUCGUGACCUCUAGUUCUUGUGUUAUGAGAAGUAGUAAACAACACUUCCUUAUCUACUUUCUCUACACCAGUCAUGAUUUUAUAGACCUCAAUCAUAUCUCCCCUUAGCUAUCUCUUUUCCAAACUGAAAAAUCCCAGUCUUAUUAAUCUCUCCUCAUACGGAAGCCGUUCCAUACCCCUGAUCAUUUUUGUUGCCCUUUUCUGAACCUUUUCCAAUUUCAAUAUAACUUUUUUGAGAUGGGCUGACCACAUCUGCACACAGUAUUCAAGAUGUGGGCAUAUCAUGGAUUUAUAUAGAGGCAACAUGAUAUUUUCUGUCCUAUUAUCUAUCCCUUUCUUAAUUAUUCCCAGCAUUCUGUUUGCUUUUUUGACUGCUGCUGCACAUUGAGUGGAUGUUUUCAGAGAACUAUUCAUAAUGACUCCAAGAUGUCUUUCUUGAGAGGUAACAGCUAAUUUAGACCCCAUCAUUUUAUAUCAAUUGUUGGGAUUAUGCUUUCCAAUGUGCAUUACUUUGCAUUUAUCAACAUUAAAUUUCAUCUGCCAUUUUGUUGCCCAGUCACCCAGUUUUGAGAGAGCCUUUUGUAGCUCUUUGCACUCUGCCUGGGUCUUAACUAUCUUGAGUAAUUUUGUACCAUCUGCAAAUUUUGCCACCUCACUGUUUACCCCUUUUUCCAAAGGCGGCAGGUUAUAUACAUUUGUGGUGCUCGGGCUCCAGGAAUAUCCAGGGCUGGGGGCCCUGCUCCAGCAAUAUUUGGAGCUGGGACUCUCCCCCGGCCCCGCCUGAACUGGGCCCUAGCCCCGGCCCCUGC